GGGGGGAGGUCAAAGAUCAAAUCUUAUAAAUGAAUCUCAAUCCAAUGAGUUGUUGCAUCAUAGUUGUAUGAUUACAUUGACAUUUAGUUUGUGUUUAUAAGGAAAAUCCUACAACUUCUGGUGUUCUAGUGUUUCGGUGUAUCUGUUCUACUCAAAAAUUAGAACAAUCAAAAUGAUUGAAAUCUCUACAGCACCCAUUGAAGAGACACAGAUUAUCCAAAAACCAAUCAAUAACAUGAAUAAUACUAGAAACCAACAGCACCAAAUCACUAUGAUGGAUGAACAGUCACUGAAUUCUCUUCCAAUUGGAACGAAUCUGUCACAAGAAAUCCUUAAACUGGUCCUGGCUUUAAAUACUCUGAAAUUACCAAUUCAAUCACUACCCAAGGAGAAUAAAGCUACUCAGACUGAAGAUCCAACAAAUAUGUCACUUAUCUCAGGUCAUACAGGACUGUCAUCACGAUGUGUGAGUAUUUCACAAAUGGCUGCCAGUAUAUUCAGUUCAAACAGAGAAAAUUCAAUGAACGAUAGUCAAGAAAAGAAUUCAUGUCCAUUUAUUCGAGUUGUAACACAUAAAAAUGGUAUACUCGUUCAUUUGGGUCAAUUGGUCAGUUUAUCUGAGGAUCAGAAAUCAUUUAUCAUGCGCAAUGUGAUUAGUUUCGACCCGUUCAGAGUACAUGAACGGACAAUUUCAACAUUAGAACCAGCGGAAAUUCUUGCACUCACUGAAUCCAAACUUCAAAGUCAAUAUGGUAAAAGGGGAAAUUUAUUGUCUGAUUAUUUACACAAUCAAAUGAUGUUCAAUGCUUCAGUGAACUCAUCAUGUGAGAACAGUAAGCAAGUGAAUAUAUCAGAGCAAAAACAUGAGGCAGUUCAUGGUCCACUACUUAUCACUCCCAGUGAUGUCCUUAUUCGUUUAAGUGAAGUACGCGAGUUAAGCAUUGUUCCAGUGAUUCGCUUUGACCACCCUAAGCAAAUGCGACAAGUCGGCUUGAAGCAUGGAUCUCAAAGAAUAAUUGAAGUCAAGAAAUAUGGCCCCAGUCAAGACAUCGUUAAUACAAGUAAAUUGUCAGAGAGUACAAACAAGCGGCCAGAUACAUCAAUACAGUGUAAUGAGUAUACGGAUAUUGCCAACAGCUCUAAAAGUCUAGAUCCAUGUGAGGAUACUGGUCAAUUAAGUGAAGUGACAACUAACGGCUUUUCUAAACAAAAGGAAAUCGACCAGAAAUGUGUCAAGAAGUCUUUAUUGAGGAAGGCAAAGAACAAGGUGAAAGAGCUAGUAGAAAGUCUAGAAGAAGGAGGAGAAAGGUCGAAUUCUUCGAUGAAGCAUUUAAAAUUUUCCGAAAGUAAAUCGAUCACACAAGCAAACUGCAAUAACAGUACGGACUGUAACAACAGUCAAAGUUUCCAACAAAACCUACAAAAACAAGUCCCAGUACAACAGAAAGGAAAAAACGGAGCGAAACCACCAUCUGUACACAAAACAAGAAGGCGUAGCACGUCUGCAGAAGGUAGAAGGCGACGAGAACGACGUCUUUUGAACAAGAAAAGAUAUUCAGAGGGUGGUGGUAAAACGCGAUCCAAAUCUGUCAACAUCUCUAGUUCAUCAUUCUUAAAAUGCUCAACAUCUACACCACAUUUGAUAAAUGGUCGUUCUGAAGCAUCAUCAAGAUGGUACGAUAAUGGUAUUGUGUCGAUAACAAUUCAACAGUCGUCUACAAACUCAACUAUGAACCACUCAAAUAGUUUGUUGAAGCUAAGACAGAAAACACCAGUGAAAAAUCGCAGCUUGAAAUAAAUGAAACCCAGUGAAUGAUGACUAGUAAUCUGUUGUAUCUUCAAAUUUAACAUUGACAACGCUACUGUUGUUUGGUCGAAUAAAUUUAAUCUAUCUGAUUUUCAACAAUACAACAGUCCGAUUUUCCUGUUUUUCAUUCCUACUGUAGAUUCAGUCAAGCUUAUUAAAGAAAAGAAAUGUGCAUUCAUCAUUCUUAU